AUGUGCUAUCUAUCUAUCUAUUUGAUAGAAUAUAAUAACACUAUCUAUCUAUCUAUCUAUCUAUCUAUCUAUCUAUCUAUCUAUCUAUCUCAGUAUUGUUUAUAUCUAUCUAUCUAUCUAUCUAUCUAUCUAUCUAUCUAUCUAUCUAUUCCCAUUAUCUAUCUCAUUUCCGUUUAUCUAUCUAUCUAUUCAUCUAUCUAUCCAUAUCUAUCUAUCAUCUAUCUAUCAUCAUUCCGUUUAUCUAUCUCAGUUUGUUCCUAUCUAUAUUUAUCUAUUUGUCUAUCUAUCUAUCUAUCUAUCUAUCUCAUUCCAUUUAUCUAUCUAUCUCAGUUUGUUCCUAUAUAUCUAUCUAUGAUCUAUUUAUCUCAUAUUUAUAUAUCUAUCUAUAUGUUAUAUAUAUAUAUAUAUCUAUCUAUCUAUCUAUCUAUCUAUCUAUCUAUCUCAGUUUGUUUAAAUGUUAUAAUCUUGUCAUUCCAUUUAUCUAUCUAUCUAUCUAUCUAUCUAUCUAUCUAUCUAUCUAUCUAUCUAUCAUCUAUCUCAUUUAUAUUUAUAAUACAGUUUGUUCCUAUUUAUCUAUCUAUCUAUCUAUCUAUCUAUCUAUCUAUCUAUCUCAUCCGUUUAUCUAUCUAUCUAUCUAUCUAUCUAUCUUAG